AUGAAGAUAUCUGCAGCAGACAGCCAGGGAUCUGAAAGCCCGCCAUUAAGCCCCACUGACUCUGCUACGUCAGAAUCGGCGCCGACCCUCGUCCAUAUCAAACAAGAAACAAUGCCGCCAGGAACCGACGUGAAAGAAUACUACGGCUCUCUAGAAUUUGGCUUACCUGAUACUUUCAUACCACCUAACUACUCAGAGUAUGGACCUCCUUAUUUGCAUAGAUCUUUAGACCUUCAAAAUCAAAGAUACUUAGACCCAGAUAAAAGUCCGAAAGUGAAAGAGGAUGAAUUAAAAGAUGACGAGCCUGAAGAUCCUCCGGAUUUUAAUUUACCAGAAGAGCUAAUAAUAAAAUCAGGCGCUAUAUUCGCCCGGAUGUCCAUCUCUGUCGGCACCAAGUAUGGCCCUUUUAUCGGCAAGUGGGGAACUCAACCUUUGGAUACGAAAUACGCUUGGGAGGUGCUAGGCAAGAAUGGCAUUCGUGGCUGGCUGGAUGGCACCGCUGAGAAGUCCAAUUGGCUGAAGCUGGUUCGUUCAACCAGUUAUCCCCAUGACGUAAACGUUCAGCAUCUCUUGCACGCAGGCCAAGUUUGGUACAAGGUGAUACGUGAAAUUCACACUGGUGAAGAAUUGCUUCUAGGGCCAAGAACGCCUUUGCCUCUGCAAGACGUUUUACCUCCAAGUACUGAAUUGCAAUCAGCCGGCAAUAAAUUUUCUAUAACUGAAGAAGAAGAACGCGAAGACGCUGAACCUAGGUGUUCCUUCUGUGAAGCACCGUUCCCUAAUAUUGACGUUCUCGACCGGCAUCUGAUCCAAGCGCACGCGCAACCUGCGUCGGCCUUCCGUUGCGAACUUUGCAAUCGCGCUUAUAGCUCCCGUGCUUUACUUUUACGUCAUCGUGCUCUCGCUCAUACUGACAUCAGGAAAUAUCCCUGCGAGAACUGCCCUAAGGUAUUUACCGAUCCUUCCAACCUGCAGCGCCACAUCCGCGCGCAGCACGUGGGGGCACGCAGCCACGCCUGUCCCGAGUGCGGCAAGACCUUCGCCACCUCCUCCGGCCUCAAGCAGCACACCCACAUACACUCCAGCGUCAAGCCCUUCCAGUGCAAAGUCUGCUUCAAGAGUUACACGCAAUUUUCGAACCUGUGUCGCCAUAAACGAAUGCACGUCGCGUGCAGAGCUCUAGUUGAAUGCGGGAAAUGCGGACAGUCUUUCACAUCGUACGCAUCACUCACUAAACACAAAAGAUUUUGUGAAACCGCCGCUGCUGCAUCUGUAAAUUUGCGAGGGCAAAUGCCACAAGGACUUCCUCAGAUUCCACCCCUGCCAAACGUCGGAAUGAAUAAUCCGAACAACGGGAACCCGUUCCCUCUUUAUAGGGGUCCAGCUUUACCGUUGCCUUACAAUACUUUCGCUCACUAUCCAGCUUUAUUUUCUGCUGCAGCAGCCGCCUGCCAACCUGAUCUGUUUAACCCAUUGUUAUUUAACGUCCAAGGUGCCCGAUUAAAAAUGGAGCAUGACAUUGCAUUAUCAAAUGCAAAUAUGGUUAUGAAUUCAGAGGGUCGUAUGUCAGUCAAGAGCAUUGACAGCUCAACUUCUGUUGAAGAAGUGAAAAAGAAGGAAAUGGAUUUCGAAAAUAAUACUAGAGUAACUGAAAAAUCAGAAAGAUGCACGCCUAAAUUACAAAACUUAUAUGUAAAGCAAUCUCCACCGUCAAUUGAAGAAACAUCUCAACAUCGACCUUCACCAGUUAGGUCAGUGCCGACCCCUAUAGUCCCAUUCAACUUCCACAGAGAUGAACAGAAGCAAAAAUCUCCAUUCAAUUUUUCGUUGAAGGUCAACAAUAAUGAUAUACAGAGGAAGUCUAUUUCCCCAUCACUUCCUAAAGAUUUAUCUAGACACAAUAUUAUCGAUGACAAAACUUCUGAAUAUUCAGAUCUAGAAGAAGAAACGAAGAAAGAUGAGGGUGAUCAACCUUUAGACUUAUCUGUUUCCCGUAAAAGCGAUAAGGAAUCUGAGCCUGAUAACGACAAUCGCUCCUUUCGUAACUCUUCGGUGAAAUCUUAUUCACCGCCUGAGAGUCCAGCAGAGAGGAGCAAGACUCCGGAAAACGACACCACAGAUGUAGAUGUGGAAGGCGUAGAACCCAAACGAGAAGAUUCCCCUUUGGUUUCGCCAACUCUUGCGUUUCCAAUGCCUGUCCAUCCUCAACAUAAUAUAAUCGAUGCGAUGUAUCGCCCGAGAUUUCCGUCCUUUCCGUCAUCAGAGUCGAUACUGAACCCGGCUCACUCACCUUACGUACCGAGCCCGUUUAAUUUUUUAUCCCCAAUUCUAGGCACUGAAGGACCCGAUAGACAACCAAGCGCUUAUGCAAAAUUUCGAGAGUUGAAUUCCGGAUCGAAACUAAGAGAUCGUUAUGCUUGUAAAUUUUGCGGGAAGGUCUUCCCCAGAAGUGCAAAUUUAACUCGCCAUUUACGUACACAUACAGGAGAGCAACCUUAUAAGUGCAAGUACUGUGAACGUUCAUUUUCUAUUUCUUCGAACUUGCAGCGACACGUUCGUAAUAUCCAUAAUAAGGAGAGACCAUUCAGAUGUCCAUUGUGUGACAGAUGUUUCGGUCAGCAGACCAAUUUAGAUCGACACCUCAAGAAGCACGAAGCUGAAGGUGGUGAUUCCCCUAGCUCAGCCGAUACAGAAAGAGAAGAUGCUUAUUUCGAUGAUAUUAGGUCAUUUAUGGGAAAAGUGACGUGUUCCCCUGGAGGUACUCCGCCGGCAACAUCGCCUCAUGCGCCUCAUAGGCCGUCGUUAGCGAUUUCCACAUAGCCGCCGAUGUACCCGCUACCGCCUCCGCCGCCUUUGUGGCCACAGCCUUACGAGUAGCGACGAAAUGGUGCUGACUUUGAUGUCCUUUUUUAAUUUUGACAUUGGAAGUCUUUGGUCACUGAAAUUCCUACAUCGUAGUCAUCAUAUAUGUCAGUCUCUUUAAAAACUUUAAUUCAUAUCUUCAUAUAUUUAAUGCUAUGCUGUAAAUAGCUCCAAAUAUUGGAUAAAUGAAAAUAACUAACAAUAACACAAAGAACAUAAUUCAAGAAUUCAAUGACGUUAUAGGAGGAUCAAUUUCAUCGUGAAAACUUUAAAGCAAUACAGUAACGAAGAGUUGUGUCUUUUGUACAUGAUUUCCCGUCUCUAUCGGUGCAAAGUUAUUAGUAAGAGAUGUAAACAAGAGAUUGACAAAAUGCCAUUGAUUGUUGCGCGACAAAGUUGCGAAAGCACAUGAUUUAGAUAGGCUUUUUCUUAUUACAUCACAAAAUAUAUUGCUAGCGAGAACCGUAUAUUAUUCUUAUCACACAUGACAACACAGUUAAAUUAGGUCUGUAUUUUAGGAUCCAUUGUUGAAGUAUAUUAUUGAUAUAUAAUUAAUUUAUUAGUUCCUAGACUAGAAAUAAGAUUAAAAUAAUUUAAAAAGUUUCGAAAAUGUAAAUAUAUAAAAAUAUUACAGUUAGGCUUGUUAAAUUUGUAUAAAAAUAAUUGUAAGCUGGUUCGCUGUUCCAAUAGAAUAUUUCUCAACGGAGAGCAAAAUUAAUUAUUUUAUUUAUUUCAACGGGUUUCAAUUGAUUUUGAUCUCGUUUAGUCAAAAAACUUACCAAAGUUUCAUUAAGAUAUUAAAGCAAAUAAUAGGAAAAAAAAAAGAAAAAUUCUAUAUAUGAUUUAUUGAAACGACAUUUUAGGAAACUAGAACUUAUUCUGGUUAAAUGGUUUAUUAUUAACUUGGCACUUUAUAAAAAUGGUUUUGGAUGUACAGUUGACAACAUAUCACAUAGAAAUGGAAUUAUUGUUCUAACAUUCUUAAUCAUCGGAUGAUUUUUUAUAAAGAUUGACGCAUAUCAAAUUGUAGAUGAAGCUCAAAGUAUUAGAUAUUUGUAAUUAAAAUUGUUCUUAAGCUAGUUAAACAGAUCACAUGAAAAACAUUAUUGUAUGUAAUAGUUUAAGAUAAUUUUUGAAAGUUAUCCUCUCUUUUAUUAUAAAAAAUGUAUAAAUAUAUGAAUAGAUGAUAAACAUUAUUAAAUGUCAUUUAAAAUAACAGUCGUGCACUUUCGUUUAUUAGUAAAAAGUGUUAAAUAAUUUAGUAACAUUGUAAUAUAGAAAAUUUGAACGCUUACUGUAUAUUGUAAUGACUCUGCCACUGUUAAAAAAAGCAAUGCAAUAUUCAAUAAUUAUUAGAUAUUAUUAAUGUCAUAUCACUUCUAACGAGUUAGUUCUAUUUUAAGAAUUUUAAAGUCACUCUGAGUAAUAAAAAUUGAUGAUCUUACACUUCAAUAUUCGUGAUAAUUCAAUUACAAAAAUAAUGGAUAUUGUAAUGCAUUAAAAUAAAAAACCAGUACAAUCUG